CGCAUAGGAUGGUAAACACAGAUCAAUCCUACAAUCGAGGGCCUUAACGUUGAAAUAGAUUUGCUUGUACAGAAAAACCCUUUAACACAAUACCUAGAAAUUUCUCUCAAAUAAAUAGGAUUGCUCUUGUUGUAUCCUGUUCAAACAUAUUGGACACGUUACCUCAAAACGGACAGAGAUAUCGAUUACAGAACAGUACAUUAUAUGUUACACGGUGACCAACUAACCUUGGAGUGCCGUCCUUGUUAUUAAUACCAUUCAAAUCAAUGAUUCCACUACCAUCAUCCAUCUCACAUCGACAAUUGUCCAAUUUUUUACACUGCUUGGCGUAAACCAUACUUAGACAAACCACAAGAACUACGAGAACAGGACGAGCCGCCAUGCUGAACACACAGGUAACCCACUAUUAACAUGAUUCAAGAAAGUCAAGUGGAUGAAGGUGCUUCUAGUACUGUGGUUUCUUGUAAAAUGCAUCUGAUAGAAUUUUCUGCGUCUUCGUCGGGAAAGCUAUGUUAGUUUCCAAUCCAUUUUCGUCCAUCCUCUCAUACAAUGGCCUGUCUAUGGUCCUACAGGUGCGUUCUGUGAUCAUCCCAUCUGAGUCCCUAAUACGGCUAUACUAGGGUCAUGGAGGUCAGGGUUUGAUUUUAACGUGUGAAGUUGGAAUUUGCUCAUGGUUAUCAUGGAGACAAUUUCUGUUGAUUUUACCGAAAUCCAAACCAACAGCGUAAACGUUGACGUCUAUGUUGACACGUUGUCGGGUUUCCUGUGUCGUUUAUUUUUGAAAGCGAGGCAUUUGUUAGUAACGCCUGGUAUUUUUCGUCGCUUUGUUGUCGGAUUGUGCGGCCAUUUCAAAGGCAUUGAAUUUUAUUCAUUUUGUAAGCGUCUAUUCAAAGACAUUUUUUGCCUUUAAUUGGAGACUAUUUCGCGAUUUGUGUACCAUAACUCAAGACUAAAAUCUGACGACAUGAUGUAGUGGUUUAAUUUUCGAAGUCUACUCAGCCGCCGAAUCCUACAUGUGUUGACUUCAAUAUUUGUGAUGAUAAUGAGAAGACACAAAAGAUGGCAAAGAUUGUUUGAUUAAUGGAGGUUGAAAACCAGGCAAGACAGGAAUCCCAACAAAAAUGGCAAAUUACAGAUCAAUCAAGCAAAGUAUCAGGUAAGAAUAUUACCAACAAACAACUAUUACUAAAGGAAGCCUCUACACAGACCGAUGAUAAUGGCUGUAGAAAUGGCUGUACUUCUAUAUACGCCAAUAACGCUAUUAUUAGUAAAGACAAAACCCCGCUUUGCUCACUACUCACUCCUCUCAACACUUUAGACUCUGAAGAAGAUGAAUUCCUUGGUCGAAUCUAUCACUAUGCUAACGGUCAAGUACAACAAAAUCUGCCAGAAAUGCUUGAAUUUCAACGUGUAGAACGACGUCAACCUGCUGAAAGCGGUGAUGAUAGCAUGUGUGAUGAUAGUGUAGCGAGGGGAUGUACUGCUACCAGCGAAGAUAACGUUCUUUCUACUGCAGCUACUUCUUCAUCUACAGCUGCCAGCGCCAAUGCAGGUGUUGAAGGCGAAGAAGAAUUUCCAGUUACAGUUGAACUACCAAACGAUACAAUUCAUGUCAAUGUUGGUGAAUGUACAGCAAGUACUUCAAGCCGUCAACCCAGAUGCACAAUGUGUUUAGCAGAGUUUAUGAGUACCCAACAUCUUGAUGAACAUAUUGCAGCCGUCCAUGACAAGCCUUUUAAGUGUACAGCGUGUUAUAAAAGCUUUGACUUCCAAAGCAGCCUCAACUCACAUCUACGAUGUCACACAGGCGAAAGACCAUACAAGUGCGAUCAAUGCGACAAGAGCUACAGCCAACGAUGCCAUCUAACCGACCAUAUCCGUAAACACUCUGGGGAGAAACCGUUUAAAUGUGACACUUGUGACAAAUCGUUCAGUCAGCGAAGUCAUCUUCGUGGACAUCUACGAACUCAUACUAAUGAAAGACCUCAUAAGUGUACAAUCUGUAAUAAAUCGUUCCAGUUUCGAAGUGUUCUUACACAGCAUCUAAAGACACACUCGGGUCUACGACCGUUCAGAUGUAACGAGUGUAACGGCAGCUUCCGUCAAGCCGGCCAUCUCAAGGUUCACAUGAAAAUCCACACUGACGAGAAGCCCUUUGUAUGCACUUUCUGCGAUAAAGCAUUCCGAUCUAAAAUGCACCUUGUUAUUCACACAAGGGUUCACACUGGUGAACGACCUUAUAAAUGUUGUCAGUGUGAAAAAGCAUUCAAAUCAAGUAGCGAUCUCUCUACGCAUGUACGUUCACAUACUGGAGAGAAACCGUGGGACUGUUCUUACUGCACAAAGCAAUUUGCAACAAGACGAGGACUGAGAGAUCAUGUUCGAUUACAUACAGGGGAGAAGCCAUUUGAAUGCUCUUAUUGCGAAAAGAAAUUCCAUCGUAAAGAAUGUCUAACGUUACAUGAACGAAUACACACUGGCGAGAAACCACACAAAUGUUCACUGUGUAAUGAUGCAUUUUACCAAAAGAUACAUUUGAAGCGCCAUUGUCUGAAAGCACAUAAAAAUAGUUCACCUUCUACAACAACUAAUGAUGCAUCAUCACAUUGUCUUGAAGCACAUGGAAAUAACAGUCCGUCCACGACAAAAGAUGCACUUCAACACCAAGAUCAGAAUAGCUCAGCCACAAAAAAUGAAGAAACUCAUUGUCAUAAAGAUCAUCAAAAUAGCAGUCCCUCCACAACUACAAUUGAUGCAUCGCGUUGUCUGAAUGCGCAUCAAAAUAAUUGUACACCCACAGCAACAAAUAACACAUCCUAGAAAUACAGCAUCACCCUGUAUGCUUUGCGCGCCUCGUCAUAAUUUUGUGUUGCGCGAAGUUAUUUAGACAGCGAUGUCAGACCUGUCCAUUACUGAGAUUUCAAUGAAGGGAGUAAAAAUGAAUAAAUCGACACAAAAAACUCAGCCAAGAACAAAAACAAGGAUUUCUUUUCAAAACAAAAACAAACGAUCGCAAAGCAUCCAGGGAAAUAGUGGGACUUAAUGAUAUCUUAAUGAUUUUUUCUAAAAAGAACUAGAAGCAGACUAAACGAGAUCGGAGCUUCUGGGGUUGGUUAAUUCGCAGACUCCUUGUGUUUAGUGUGUGGUGCUAGGGUUAGGGUUGGUUAAUUCCGCCUUGUGUUUAGUGUGUGGUGCUACAGCUGAGUGAUUCAUACAUGAAAUAUUAACGGGAAUCACGACGCAACACACUGAAUCACGUGUGUUACGAGUCACUAUUGAAAUGAGUAGCCGAUGACCAGCAGUCACUGCGUAUUCAAACAAACCAUCAUUGUCAUCAAUAUUCUUGGAUUUCGGUUAGUAGAUCUGAGCGAUAGACAAUGGUAAUUACAAUCGCUUAUUGUUUUCCCACAUUGUCUCGAUAAAAAUGCAGGCAGCCUUGCGGCAAUUUUGCUUUUUCCUUAAUUUGGGUUUCCUGUGUUGCGAUGGCCUGCGGCGUAGGAGGAUCACUUACAAAUAUAUCACUCUCUUGAACCAAUCAGAGUGCUUGUACAGAUGACUACAUUAUACUACUAAUUAUAUAUAUUAGAAGCUAGGAUCGAGGUGGGUUUUGGGACACUAGUAAUAUUAAUAUAUCAAUAAAUCAGAAUACAUGGUU